AUGUCAAGUAGCCACCAAGAAGAUCUUGACCUUCUCCUCUCUCUUCAAGACAGAGUUCUUGAAACCCCUCCUGGUUCCCCAUCAAAUCACCACCCUCUUUCACCAGGAUAUUUAUCGGAUGAUGGAUCGCCUAGGGGAAAAAGGCAGGCUGAUUUGUCAGUAUUCAGAGAUGCUGUUCAAGAUUGUCUUGAUUAUGAGCCAAAACCAGUGGAGAAAGCUGGAAAAAAAUUGAAUGUUUCAAAGAACAAUGAAGCUAACGUGGAGAAGUAUUCAGGUUUAAGAAUAAGGAAUCAAUCGGUCACCCCUUCGGAGCUCAGCGAACGUUUCUCAGACAUUCGCUUUGUUCGGUUACCAACUAUUAAAAAUUUAUUAAUGGGAGACACUCUCAUGGGAUCUUGGGCAACUGUUGGAGUGUUGAUUGAGAAGGGAAGUCCAAAGACUAGUUCUGUUGGGAAGAGCUAUUGCAUAUGGAAAAUUGGGUCCCUAGACGAAAGUAGUGUAUCUCUUUUCUUGUUUGGCGAUGCUUAUCAGCAGAACUGUAAAGAGCAAGCUGGAACAGUUUUUGCACUAUUCAAUUGCACUGUUCGCAAGGACAAUGAGGGAGCUGGUUUUUCUUUCAGCGUGUUCUCAGCAAAUCAAAUAUUAAAGAUGGGCACUUCAAUUGAUUAUGGAGUUUGCAAGGGAAAAAGGAAGGAUGGAUUGGCUUGUACACUAGUCAUAAAUAAACGUCAAGGGAUAUAUUGCAGAUAUCAUAAAUCUAAAGCAUCAGAGAGGUUUUCCACCGUGCGAACUGAGCUUAAGGGAGGGAACUUGAGAACAGCCUUCAGGGAUCCUCUCAAGUCGCGAGGCAUUUACUUGGUUGACCCUCUAGCGGACAAGACAAACUUAAAAAAGCCCACUCCACCAGUGAAAUUAUUGUCUGUGGAAGCACUCAAAAGAGCAUUGAGCAAUGCGGAUAAAGUGACAACAAAUUCACACUCACAAGGGAUAAGGUUUCUCAAUGAAAUCACAGGAAAACUGGGUUCAAAAAAUUCAGAUAAAGUAUCUGCCACGAUAAACCAAAAAAUAAAUAGUUCAGAGAAAAGGAAAUCAUCUACAAUUAAAUUGGAUCCAUCUAUGGUCACAAAAAACCGACCAGAUUUAAAAAGGAAGAAAACUGAGCAGGGGCUAGCUUCAGCAGACAAAGCCAAGCAGGGGACAACAAAGAUGAUUGAGUUAGAUCUAUUUGAUUCAGACGAAGAACUAUGA